CCUGUGUUGGUAGUCAUUUUUAUUGUGUUAUUUUGUGGAUUUUGGGCGUGGAGCAGCAUAAAUACCUUUAAACUAUUUACCUAUUUAUUUUAAGAAAAUUUCGAUAAUUCCCCCUAAAAACUUGCAAUGGGUGCCAGCAAUCGUAAUACCCGUGUUGCUGUGGGCAUAUCUGCUUUUGCAUUUACUUUAUUCCUAAUUGCCUUCGUCACUCCCUAUUGGCUGGUCACUGAUGGUCGUCUAUCCAAUCCGAAAUUCACCAAUUUGGGUUUGUGGGAAGUGUGCUUCAAUAAUUUCCAGGAUAUACAUCGCUUCUAUGAGACUAGAUUCACCGGAUGCAUGUGGGUCUUUGAAGAGGAAUACUACAUCAUACACGAUUACCUUUUGCCUGGCUUCUAUAUUGCUGUACAGGUGUUUUCCACAUUGUGUUUUGUGAUGUGCCUGAUAGCAUUGCCACUGACCUUAUCUUUUUUGCGAACGUCCAGAGAUGAUGAUCGCUAUGUGUUUCUUUUACUGACAAUAGGAACAUGUCAAAUUUUGGCUUCCUUCUUUGGUUUCAUUGCGGUGGUGGUGUUUGGUGCCAAAGGCGAUUCUCGUGACUGGAUGCCUCAUUGGCAGAACAACGAUAUGGGAUGGUCGUUUGCGUUGGCUGUCGUGGGAGCAGUGCUCUUAAUGCCAGCAGGUGUUUUGUAUACAGUAGAAGCGCGUCGUGAACGUUAUAAACGUUUAAAUGAAAUCAGCAAUCGUGAGGCGGCCAGUGAAUAUGGAGGCGGUGAGGAUUAUUAUACACCACAGGUUCCUGCACAACAGCAGCAACAGCCCACAAUACAAGACUAUUUUGCACCACAGCCAAGUCGCCCAAGACGUCCGCAACCAGGUCAACGUGCAGCACCCUCUGCACCUCCAGCAGUCGUUGCAGGUGGAGGCAUACAAACCGAUAUCUAAUUGUGUUUGUCCUAGACAAUAAUUUUUGCUGCUAAUGCAACAUAAACAUAUCCGUCCAUUAAUAUUUUUCUCUAGUUUAGUCUCGUCCACAAUUACAUGUUUAGAUUUUAAGUAUUUUAUGGAACAAUCUAUAAAUGUUACGAUUAUUCGAAAAAAUGUCCCUCCAAAGUGACCUUAUAAUGACGAUAAUUUAUUGAGAAGACGACAUCAUACAUUCCGAAAAUGUGGUUUUGAAUCUCUUGACAAAAACUACUGAAAUCUCAUUUACUAGAACCAAUUAGUAAUGAAUAAGUGUGAAUCGAGUAUGUUCAAAGAUACCCUUUUGGGAUUUUCAAAAAUAAUGUGUUAAAAAUUUUUUUAAAAUUAUUAUUACAAUUUUUAACUGUUUUCUUUUACACGAUUUGUAUUAAUAAACUUAUACAAUUACACAA